GUCAAUUCAAUUCAAUACAAAACAAAACCAUAGUCCCUUGGGAAAAUAAAUAACAUCCAAUUCACUAUUAAAACCCCCUUGUAUAUAUCGUCCCUUUCUCUCUCUUUUUCUCUUCAACAAACUUUAGAUCAACAAAGAGAAAACCAAAAAAAGAAAAAAAAACAAAUCUUGAUAUUUUUUUUUUGUGUGGUUAAAAACAAAUCUUGAUACUACAAGAAGAAAAAGAAACUAUGUGUUGUUGUGGAGAUGAUUGUCAAUGUCGCCCUUUAGGUUUUCUAUUGGGUCUUCCCUUUGCUUUAGUCUCUCUUCUUCUAUCCAUUGUUGGUGUUAUCAUAUGGAUUGUUGGAAUUACGUUGAGUUGCUUAUGUCCAUGCUGUAUUUGCGUAACUGUAUUGGUAGAGCUGGCUCUAGCAUUGAUUAAAGCACCCUUUUCGGUUAUGAAGUGGUUUACUGAACAAAUUCCUUGUUAGAAAUACAAUGUAUAAAAUCUAAUUUUAAUUCUUUUCUGUAAUUUCUUUUUCUUGUGAGAGAAUAAAUUAGGUGUAUUUUAAUCUUGUUAAACUUGUCUUCUUUUCCUAUGAAGAUGAUUCUUGAAAUUGAUUAUUUGUUUUUGGUGUUUAUAUAGAACAGUUCAACGAUUGGUUCUUUCUUUAA